AUGCAAGAAAGGCAACUUCUCUUGCUUAAAGGGGAGGAUGGAAUUAUGGUAAAGGAAGAGGAAAUAGAAGAACCAAAUGAAUUAGAAGGGGAGGAUAAUGGGGAGAUCUUCCUACAUGCUCUUAAGGGGUUAGCCAACAACAAGAUCAUCAAAGUUGAAGGGAAGGAGAUGCAAGGGGAAUCGUUUGAGGCUGACCUAAGGCUUCUAAAACUGGGGGAUUGUGAUAUAAUGUUGGGGUUGGAUUGGAUGAAACAAGUGAGCCUAAUAAGCUUUGAUUUGAACAGGAUGCACGACAUUGAGAAGUUUGAUGGGCAAAACGACUUUGCCCUCUGGAAGAUGAAGAUAAGUACUCUCCUUGGCAAUAUUGGCCUUGAAGAGGCACUAGAAGGAGAAUCUAAAAUGCCCAAAACCUAUACAAAAGAACAGAAGAAGGAUAUCCUCAAGAAGGCCUACAAUAUGGUAAUUCUAAGCCUCGAUGAUAAGGUCUUAAGGGAGGUGUCCAAAAUGAAGACGGCAACAGAGAUUUGGCUCAAGCUGGAGUCUCUACAUGACAAAGUCCCUUUCCAGCCGUCUCUACCUAAAGGCUAUGUUCUUUAUUUUUAA